AUGGGUGUUCCUUUUGAGGCUCUUAUUCCCUACGGGAUUGUCAUUGGCAUGUUCACUGUCGCUGCCACUGGUAUCUCAUACACCAAGCACUUCACGAACGAGGGCAAGAAGCCUCGCUGGAACAAUGACCUUUGGGAUAGACAAAGUAAGCUCGGCCGAUCAAUGAAUAUUCGUUUCCUUCCGAAAUACGGCGUGGGACUGUCUCAUCGCAUCUGGGCUAACAUUCAAUCGCAAAUAGUGAUGGAGCGUGACCUGCGCUUGACUGGCUCGCUCCGUGGACAAAUCAAUAACCCCCCAGGCACCAAAGGGAUUCGAAGUCAGCAAGCCAUGGAAGGUCGAGAACCGUAUCUUCUAGGCUAUAAAAUUGCGACGUUUUCCCAUGCCUGCGCUCUGUUUUCCUUCCUCUCAAUCAUACAUACCACCGCAUGUUUUCUAGAAAAUGCCGCUGUAUCAUACAAUCCAAGCUAUUACUCUUGA